GUCCAGAUCGGUAUAAUAUUACAAAUAUUAUCAUCAUACCAGAUCGGUAUAAUAUUACAAAUAUUAUCAUCAUACCAGAUCGGUAUAAUAUUACAAAUAUUAUCAUCAUACCAGAUCGGUAUAAUAUUACAAAUAUUAUCAUCAUAACAGAUCGGUAUAAUAUUACAAAUAUUAUCAUCAUACCAGAUCGGUAUAAUAUUACAAAUAUUAUCAUCAUACCAGAUCGGUAUAAUAUUACAAAUAUUAUCAUCAUACCAGAUCGGUAUAAUAUUACAAAUAUUAUCAUCAUACCAGAUCGGUAUAAUAUUACAAAUAUUAUCAUCAUACCAGAUCGGUAUAAUAUUACAAAUAUUAUCAUCAUACCAGAUCGGUAUAAUAUUACAAAUAUUAUCAUCAUACCAGAUCGGUAUAAUAUUAUAAAUAUUAUCAUCAUACCAGAUCGGUAUAAUAUUACAAAUAUUAUCAUCAUACCAGAUCGGUAUAAUAUUACAAAUAUUAUCAUCAUACCAGAUCGGUAUAAUAUUACAAAUAUUAUCAUCAUACCAGAUCGGUAUAAUAUUACAAAUAUUAUCAUCAUACCAGAUCGGUAUAAUAUUACAAAUAUUAUCAUCAUACCAGAUCGGUAUAAUAUUACAAAUAUUAUCAUCAUACCAGAUCGGUAUAAUAUUACAAAUAUUAUCAUCAUACCAGAUCGGUAUAAUAUUACAAAUAUUAUCAUCAUACCAGAUCGGUAUAAUAUUACAAAUAUUAUCAUCAUACCAGAUCGGUAUAAUAUUACAAAUAUUAUCAUCAUACCAGAUCGGUAUAAUAUUACAAAUAUUAUCAUCAUACCAGAUCGGUAUAAUAUUACAAAUAUUAUCAUCAUACCAGAUCGGUAUAAUAUUACAAAUAUUAUCAUCAUACCAGAUCGGUAUAAUAUUACAAAUAUUAUCAUCAUACCAGAUCGGUAUAAUAUUACAAAUAUUAUCAUCAUACCAGAUCGGUAUAAUAUUACAAAUAUUAUCAUCAUACCAGAUCGGUAUAAUAUUACAAAUAUUAUCAUCAUACCAGAUCGGUAUAAUAUUACAAAUAUUAUCAUCAUACCAGAUCGGUAUAAUAUUACAAAUAUUAUCAUCAUACCAGAUCGGUAUAAUAUUACAAAUAUUAUCAUCAUACCAGAUCGGUAUAAUAUUAUAAAUAUUAUCAUCAUACCAGAUCGGUAUAAUAUUAUAAAUAUUAUCAUCAUACCAGAUCGGUAUAAUAUUACAAAUAUUAUCAUCAUACCAGAUCGGUAUAAUAUUACAAAUAUUAUCAUCAUACCAGAUCGGUAUAAUAUUACAAAUAUUAUCAUCAUACCAGAUCG